AUGAUGGACUUGUAAUGGAUCAAAAUCAUGAUGAUGUUGAUGAUGAUCAAGAUGAUGAUCAGGAUGAUGAUGAUGAUGAUGUUUCAUCACCAAUCAUAUUGAAUAGUGAUAGUGAAACAACAACAACAACAAUAACUGCAACAACAACAACAUCGACAACAACAACAACUUCGACAACAACAACAAAUUUUUAUUAUCAAGAUUCGAAUAAUUUAAAAAUUAAUAAAAAGAAAUCAAAUUAUCAAUCAAGAUUAAAUAAUAAUAAUGAUUCGAAUAAUAAUAAUGGACAAAGUGUAAAUGGAAAAGGUGGUAAACCACGUCGUGCACGUACAGCAUUUACCUAUGAACAAUUGGUUGCAUUGGAAAAUAAAUUUAAAAAUACACGUUAUUUAUCGGUUUGUGAACGUUUAAAUCUUGCACUUUCAUUACGAUUAACUGAAACACAAGUAAAAAUUUGGUUUCAAAAUCGUCGUACAAAAUGGAAAAAACAGAAUCCCGGUAUGGAUGCUAAUAAUCCUACCGGUAAUAAUAAUAAUGUUGGUGGUGUGGGUGGUAGUAGUAUUAUCGAUACAAUCGGUAAUAAUAUUGGAAAUGGAAAUAUUAUUGAUAAUCAAUCAGCAAUGGCUAUUGGUCAUCAUCAUCCUCAUCAUCAUCAUGGACAUCAUCCAUUAGGUACGACAACAACAACAUCAUCAUCAUCAUCAUCACAUCCAACAUUUCCAUCGGCAGCAUUUUUAUAUGCAACACAAUUGGCCAAUUCAUUUGUAGCUGCUAAUCAUCAUCAUCAACAUCCACAUCAUAAUAAUAAUCAAACGACCAAUAAUAACAAUAUACAAUCAUCACCUGUAGCAAAUCAUUUGAUUGCUGCUGCAGCAGCAGCCGCAUCAUUUAAUGUUCAUCAACAACAUCAACAGCACCAGCAGCAAAAACAUUCUGUUUUAUUAUCAUCAACAUCAUCAAGAUCAUCACCAUCGUCAUCAUCAUCAUCAUCUUCACCGAUUGCCAUAUCAUCAUCAACAACAACGACAGCUACGACGACUACUACAGCCACAUCUGGUAAUCAUACAAAUGGAACAUUUUUAACAACGGCUAUUUCAACUUAAAUGUAGUGUGUGUGUGUGUAAUAUUGAAAAAUCGAUGACCAGAAUAAUCUAUAGAUAUUCAUUGUUUUUUCCUCCAAAUAAUUUGUUAUCCAAUUAUCCAUCAAUGAAUUUUCGGUAUUAAAA